AGAGCCCCUCCGCGAGCAACAACGCCAAAUUUUCCCACACUUUUUUUUCUUCCUUAAAACGUCUCAACUCCCGCCUUUCGAACAUCACUUCCCUCCAACCCCGAACCAAAGCUUCCUCGUCUCCUCUCCAUUCACUUCUCUGUUUCUCCCGAGUCGUGCGUUCUGUGCUCCAUCUUUUGCAGGACAAUUGUUCAGCACAUCGACUACACUCUCUUCCUACCUAAUCCUCUAAUCCUCUCCCCCCCACCCCCACCACCACCACAUCACGAUGGAGGCCGCAAAGAUGGCGCACUCGGAGGUGCACUACUUCCAGAGUUACAACCACCAUGGUAUUCACGAGGAGAUGUUGAAAGAUGAAGUAAGGACGAACACAUACAAGAACGCCAUCUACCAGAAUGCGCACCUCUUCAAGGACAAGGUCGUUCUCGACGUUGGCUGCGGAACCGGUAUUCUCAGCAUGUUCGCCGUCAAGGCCGGUGCUAAGCACGUUAUCGGUGUCGACAUGUCUACCAUCAUCGAGAAGGCUCGUGAGAUCGUUGCCGCCAAUGGCAUGAGCGACAAGAUCACCCUGAUCCAGGGCAAGAUGGAGGAGAUCGUGCUCCCCGUUGACAAGGUCGACAUCAUCGUCUCCGAGUGGAUGGGAUACUUCCUUCUCUACGAGUCCAUGCUCGACACCGUUCUCUGGGCUCGUGACCGCUACCUGAACCCCGGUGGCUUGAUCUUCCCCGACAAGGCCCACAUCUACAUGGCUGCCAUUGAGGACGGAGAGUACAAGGAGGAAAAGAUUGGCUUCUGGAAUAAUGUCUACGGCUUCGACUACACUCCCAUGCAGAAGGUCGCCUUAGCAGAGCCCCUCGUCGACACUGUCGAGCUGAAGGCCGUCGUCACCAAGCCAAGCAUCGCGUACUCGAUCGAUCUGUACACGGUCAAGGUCGAGGAUCUUACCUUCUCGGUGCCGUUCACCCUCGAGGUCGAGCGCAAUGACUACAUCCACGCCUUCAUCUCGUGGUUCGACGUCGAGUUCUCCGCCUGCCACAAGCCACUCAAGUUCUCCACCGGCCCGCACGCCAAGUACACCCACUGGAAGCAGACGGUCUUCUACAUCACAGACUACUUGAUCGUCAACAAGGGCGAGACCAUCCAGGGCCACAUCUCAAGCAAGCCCACCGAUCAGAACCCCCGCGACCUUGACGUCCGAGUGGAGUACAACUUCGAGGCCACAGACCCUAAGCGGUCUCGGGGCGAGGUGCUCACGUACAAGAUGUGCUAGAGAAAACAUUGGGGCAUUGGGGGUUUUAGUUCGGGCGCUUCCUUCCUUCAUUUCUUGUUGACUUAAAUACUGGAGUUAGUUGCCUGGAUCUGGAUUGUUAUU